CUGGCCCUUUAAACCAGGCAGCGAAUAGCGGCUUUUCACUCGCGGGAGGGAUAGGCGAUUGUAGUAGACUACGGAAAAGAUAGCUGUUUGCGGUGCAACUACACACAAAGGGAUAUCAAGAAUCGUAACCAUGGGCAUCAAACUGUAUUAUACCACCGUUACUGCAUCCAGAGAGGUGAAAGCUCAGCAGGCAGAGAUGAUGCGGGUCCUGGACAGUAAGAGCAUCCAAUAUGAGUUAAUUGACAUCUCAGUGGGCGGGGAGGUCAGGGAUGAGAUGAGAAAAAAGGCAGGGAAUCCCACAGCAGUUCCACCACAGAUCUUCAACGAGGACCAGUACUGUGGGAACUAUGAGAUGUUUUCCAAUGCAGUGGAGGAGGACAAACUGGAACAGUUUCUGAAACUGGCGUGAUGACUAAUAGUCAUGUGUCAUCAUCUCCUACCACACCCCCCAAUGGGAGGCCCGUAGUCUACCCCUCUGCCCCGCUGGCGGUGCCCGCCUUCCUAUGUCUCAAUGCCAUGAUGAAUGCCAAAUACAACCAACCAACCAAUUAAAAGACACACACACACACAGACACAUCCCUUCCAUUUCACUGGACUCUUACCUAACCACUGUUAAUGUAUGACGCUUUAUAUUCUCUCUUUCCCUCACCAAUGUUCUCAUUGUGGAUCACCCUGGUUCGCGAUGCUUGGGUUCAAAAGCUAUUUAAAAUGAUUUCAAAGGGGCAUGUGUUCUUAAUUCAUCUUUCCAGUUGCAAGUGAACCAAUAGAAAAAAGGGCAUAGCACUAUUCUGAAUAGUAUUUGAAUCCAGGCAUCCUUGGUCCGUGUUCAUGUCACUAAUCAGUCUUAGUCUGGUCAGUAGGAUCAAUAAAGCUUCCUAAUCUAGACGAUGUAAUUAGGUCAGGUAAUCUGAGUUGUCACCACAUGUGAUCACUGCAGAUUAAACUAAUCCGGAGGCUAACACUUAACAUGAAUCUAUCUAUGUAAUUGCUCUCAGACAAAGGAGAGAAAUGGUGUGAAACAGCCCUUUUUCCCUAUAUUUGACAAAGCCCUUGUCAAAAGUGCUGGUUGAUAUGGGGAAAAGGGUGCCGUUUUGGACAGUCUCAGAAACAGACAUAACAAUGCUCGAUUAUCAUCACUACAGUCUUAAUCACUGUUAUUUUUUUCCUUUUCCUGAUCUUUUGACUCCCAUGUUGUGGUUUACAUCAAGAGACAAGUCUUUUUAAAAUGUUCUUUGGCCCAUUGUAGACUAACAUGCAUAGGAUAAUUUAGUAUUGUUGGCUUCGAUAUUCACAGAAGGGAAACCAUUGUGAUUCGUGUAUUUUGGUAGAGAUAAGGUCAUUGGAUUCUACAGUCAAAUGUAGUGAUUUUGCAGGCAAAUAGACCAAAAGGUCCAUGCUUUAGAAGUCUGGUGUAGACUCUGACAGUGUAAUAUGAUAAGAAGAUACUUCAUUCCAUUGUGUUAAACUUUGUGCCAAUGAAUGUGUUUUACAGACGGAUAUAGUUACUUUUAUUCUUUAUAGUCUUAACUUUAUUUUCUUAAUUCAUUCUGUUGUAUUUUCUUAAAGACAACUUACAUUUGCUUGGAAUUACCCAUUUGCAAGAUGACGUCUAUAAAACGUGCUGGUACUAAAGCAAUAGCCCUGCAUCCUUGCUGUAAGAGAGCUGUAGCUAAAUCCCUUUCACUUUAAAUGCCCAAUGAUUGUUUAGGACUAGCUUCAUCUCUGUUCUAUUUGUGAUAAAUGUCCAUCUCAAUCUACCUUGAAGAUGCAGUAUAGACAACUAUGCACUGAAACUCUGCCUCAUAUUCCCACUAUUGUAACGAAUGCUUAGGGCCUGGGUGGUUAAAUGAAUUGUGUCAUAUUGAUCAGACUCAAUAUCAGCCUUAGAUACAGUAAAUAACUCACCACAAGGGACGGUGGGCCUCACUUCGCUUUCUUUCAAUUGGUUUCUCAUCCAUGGGAUGUUUUGGAAAACGUAUGUGCUGUUUCAAAUACAGGGUGCUUAUAUUUGUCCUGUUCCACUUGUACACGUUUUUCAUGUGUAGAGUAUCUUUUCCCAGGGUGUCAACCAGGGAAAAUAUAUUUAAAAAAAAAGAUUGCUCCCUAUGCUAUAUCUGUGCUUAUAAAACGAAUGGUUUGAAUUCUGAAUGCUGAUUGGCUUCUAGUCAUGUGUAUGAGACCGUAUACCAAAAGUAUGACAAGACAUCACUUUUUACUGCUCUAAUUACAUUGGUAGCUUGUUUAUAAGCGCAGUAAGCCCCCUUGGGGGUUUGGGAUAUAUUGCUAAUAUAACACAGCUACGCACUGUGUCCAGGCACUCUGCAAUGCAUCAUGCUUUUAGCUGUGGUGUAUUGGCCAUAUACCCCCUUGUGCCUUACUGCUUACAUAUGACCCCAAGUUAUACAUGUAAGAUCCUUGAUCUCUUAGAUGAAGUCUGUCAGUACGAUAAUAUAUCUGGGUUUGUAGCUGUAGAACCUCUAUAUUUUGUAAUGGCAGCCUUCACAGACAAUGUUUGUGUACUCUUGUCAUUUAAUGGUGAUGGAUGUGUUCUUGGUUGGUUAUUAUUGGUGUAGCUAUUCACUAAUCAAAAAUGUUUGACAUUCCAUGUUUCUCUCUUUGAGCUUCUGCUUUGCUUUUGGACCAACAACCCCUUUGGCCAAAAUAAAGAAAAAUUUAAAAUCUAGGGAAUAAGAUGCUGUUGUCUUCCAAGAAGAUUUUGCAAAAGUGAUUUUUGGGUCAAAUAAAAUCAAAUUAUGUCUAAUAGGA